AUGAGUAGACCUCAGCUGCAACUGGCUGGGCUCGGACAUUUCUUCCUGCUGUGGCUGCUGUUGCCCCGGUUGCCUGUGCCCAGAGUGGAGGCCAGGAGGUCCAGAGCCUCGCUGCCCUGCCCGGAGGCCUGCGAUCCAACGCGCUGUCCCCCGCUGCCCACCUGCUCGGCGGGGACGACGCCGGUGCUGGAUCGCUGCCGCUGCUGCCGCGUGUGCGCGGCGACCGAGGGCGAAGCCUGCGGCGGGGCGCGUGGCCGGCCGUGCGCCCCCGGGCUGCAGUGCCACGCGCCGUUCCGCCCAGGGCGCGGCGGCGGCCGGCUGGGCACCUGCGGCUGCCCGGCGACGGGGGCGACCGUGUGCGGCAGCGACGGGCGCACCUACCCCAGCCUGUGUGCACUCCGCGCCGAGAACCGCGCCGCGCGCCUCCGUGGCGCGCUCCCGGCCGUGCCCGUGCAAAAGGGCGACUGCGGGGCUCCAGGAACCAGAAGCCCAGGCUGGCUCAGGAGCAAGUACAACUUCAUCGCGGAGGUGGUGGAGAAGGUGGCGCCGUCUGUUGUUCACUUGCAGCUGUUCCGCAGGUCACCUCUCAGCAACAAGGAAAUUCCAGUCACCAGUGGCUCUGGGUUCAUAGUGUCUGAGGACGGGCUCAUUGUCACCAAUGCUCAUGUAAUCACUAACCAGCAGCGGAUCCAGGUGGAGCUCCAGAGCGGGGUCCAGUAUGAAGCCACUGUCAAGGACAUUGACCAUAAACUGGACCUUGCACUGAUUAAGAUUGAGCCAAAUACUGACCUUCCUGUAUUGCUUCUGGGAAGAUCAUCUGAUCUUCGGGCUGGAGAGUUUGUGGUGGCGUUGGGCAGCCCAUUUUCUCUGCAGAACACUGUUACUGCAGGGAUUGUCAGCACCACACAGCGAGGAGGCAAAGAGCUGGGGUUGAAGGAUUCAGACAUGGACUACAUCCAGACCGAUGCCAUCAUUAAUCACGGGAAUUCUGGGGGUCCUUUGGUGAACUUGGAUGGUGAUGUGAUUGGCAUAAACACACUGAAGGUGACGGCAGGGAUCUCCUUUGCCAUUCCCUCAGAUCGGAUCAGACAAUUCUUGGAAGAAUACCAUGAGCACCAAUUGAAAGGAAAGGCUCCUUCACAGAAGAAAUAUCUGGGUCUACGAAUGCUACCCCUCACCCUGAACCUUCUUCAAGAAAUGAAAAGGCAAGAUCCAGAUUUCCCUGAUGUGAGUUCUGGGGUUUUUAUCUAUGAAGUGAUUCAAGGAUCAGCUGCUGAAAGCUCAGGAUUGAGAGACCAUGAUGUAAUUGUCAGCAUAAAUGGGCAACCUGUUACAACCACAGCUGAUGUCAUCGAAGCUGUUAAGGACAAUGAUUCGCUUUCCAUCAUUGUGCAUCGAGGAAGUCAAACCUUGUUCCUGACAGUCACACCUGAAAUAAUCAGUUAG